AUGUCCCCCGAGAUGGCGGCCCCAAAAUGCCCUCUUCCCCAACCUCAACCUUGCACCCUCCCCCAGGAACCAGCGGGACUGGCGCACAUAUUCUCACUCUCCCCCCGUGCUUGUGUCUUUGUUGCCGCCAAACAGCCAUUCCCACUGGAUGAUAGGCGGGUUGUCUUCUCUGCGGGCGGGGCAGAGUCCCCCCUCCGUUCCCUCCCAACACCCACUUCAAGAGUCCGUGCGGCAGCUGUCAAACCCACGCACGUGCGGCACAUCGAGCGACACUUUCCAGUCCCUGUCACCGCAAAGAUCGCGCAAUCUGCAAACGACGCCGCGUUUUGCGGGGUUCCGUCCGACCUCCUUUUUUGUCUCCAGAGCGGCGGCUCGGCGCGCGUUUCUGUCUCUGCUGCUGCUGCUCGUGGCAACCGCACCUCAGCAACAGCGACGAGGGUCGGCGCAGAGGCGAAUCUAGUGCCGCCGCGCCCGCAGCCGACACGUUGGGCGGCGGCGGGGGGAGCAGCCUCCGACCGACUCUCCAGCGCAGUUGCUGGAGCGACGGGGGAACUGCGGAGGCUCCUCAGCGGCGGCGCCGGCGGCGGCAGCGGUGGCGAUGGGAGCGCCCCCACGUGGAUGGAGUCACGGCUCCGAGCCGCGGGUGAGAACCUGAAGAGCCGGUGGACUGCCAUGGUCGGCGGCGGUGGCGGCGGGAGAGGUAGAGGUGGCGGUGGUGCGUCGUGGCGACGACAGGCGAUACCAAUUGACGACGACGAUGCCGCGACGGCCGCGCUGGUUACUCCCACUCCCCGGCCCGCGGCUGCCGCGGCGAUCGACAUCAGCGCCACGUCAGCAGGAGCCGCGCCGUUUGGGACGCGCGGAGCGGCGUUGAACGCAGCAGGGGGUGUGGGGAUAGGCGAGGCGCAGGAAAGCGCCAAGGGGGGCGCGGAGAUUCCGAGACCGUAUUAUGCGGAGGAAUUGAGGGAUGGCGCGGAGCAGAACGGCGAUGGACAGCGCGGCCCGUGGAGAUCAAUGGACGACUCGUCGCGGUCGCACGAAAGUGCGUCGCUUGAAUCCUCGCAUGACUCAUCGCACGAUGCGUCGCAUGGCGACGUAUGGGACGCGGAGGCGGACCCCAUGGUGCGCGAGCGCAUAGUCCCCGGGGACGAGCUGGACGCGGCGCUUGCGCGCAUGGACACGCGGCGGCCCGUGUUGGUGACUCUAGCGAACGACGCGUUUCACGCAAUGCUGCUCAACUGGUGGUUCCACGUGUCGGAGACCGCAAGCAUCCCGAACGUUCUCGUCGGCGCGCUGGACCGAAGCACCGCCGAGCUAUGCAGGCAGCGCGGCAUCCCGCACGUGCAUCUGCGCACGGGGCUCCCGUCCGACGACUUCCGCGCGGACGCGGGGACGUUCCAGCGCAUGGGCGUGUGCAAGACGGCGCUGCUCACAACCCUGCUGGAGCGCGCGCGCGACGUGGUGCUGUCGGACACGGACGUGGUGUGGCUGCGCGACCCCUAUACCGAGCUGUACCUGGGGGCCAUGCGCCACGCGGAUGUUAUGGUCUCCUCUGACUCGCUCUCGCACGCCAAUGAUGAAGCUAGCCUGCACGCAGAUCCUUUGAACAACAGGGGCGAGGAUGGGGCGUGGUACCGCGGGGCGACGGCGAGGGGCAGGGAGGUGUUUGGGAACGCGUACGAGCAUGCGUUUAACACGGGCGUGCUGCUGCUGCGAGCGCGCCCCCACACGCUGCAAUUCGCCCUCGCCUGGCACCACGCCAUGAGGACCAAGGGAGCAAGCGAGGGGUGGGAGAGCCUGUGGGGCGACCAGCAUGCGUUCAACCUGCUGCUGCGCUACCAGAUGUUCCCCAUCCGCGUUGUCACCUCUCCCUUGCAGCAACAACCCACCACUGCCGCCGCUGCCACCACCGCAGGGAGCUCUCAGCUGCAAGGCGUCCUCCCCAUCUCCACCCCGCCCUUCUUCCCUCUCACGAUGGCCCGCCACCAUGGGGAGCACCGGUCAGCACACAGCACAACAAACAGUGCAGAGAGCGGUGCGGUGGAGAGCAGUGCAGCAGUGGUGGCGAGCAACCGUGUGAUCUGGGCAUUCAACGGGCAGCUGCGCGUGGCCAUCCUGCCGCUCGCCCUCGUGCCCAACGGCCACGUGUUCUUCGUGCAACAACUGCACGGCUCCCCGCACCAGCACGCAAGUCCCGAGGGGCAGACGCAGCCGCAACUGCAGCAGCAGCAGCUCGUGCCUGUGCGUCUGCCUCUGCCGCCCCCGCUGGCAGUACACAACACGUUCCAGUUCCACCACGCGCUGGGCAAGGCUGCUCGCUUCCGAGAAGCAGGGCUGUGGGCCCUGGACCCCCCCGAGUACUACAAGGAGGGAAAUUACCUGAGCAUGGAGUACAGCACACCGCCAUGGAUCCAUGCCAUGGAGCCCGGCAUGCUCAGACACCAGGCCGCCAUGGAACACUUCUAUCACGUGGCACGAAAGGCCUUCGCCCUGGCGUGGCUGCUGUCGCGCAAGCUCAUUCUCCCACGAGUCACCUGCUUCUGCGACCGCUGGUGGGACUCGCUCUCGCACCCCUGCCGCGCGCCCGGCAGCGACCGCGACCCGCCGUUCCUAUGCCCGGUGGACUACCUCAUCUCGCCGCUCUACUGGGGCAGCAACGCCACGGACAUGGUCUACCGCCCCGCUUCGUUCCUGGAGGAUCCGAGGACUAGCGAUGAGAUCAAGUCGUCGAGACGGUACGUAUCCAUAGACUAUCCUGAUGCCUCGUCCCUGCACCACCAACAACAACAACCGCAUCGCCAGCUGCAGCAGCAACAGCAGCAGCACCAUGAGCAGCAGCAGCAGCAGCAGCCACCGGACCCGCUGUCAGUAUACGGGGAGCUGCGGCUGCUUAUGAAUGCAACGGACAAGGAGGUGCUGGUAGUGCUGGGGCAGCCACACGUGCAUGAAGUGCGCGUGCUGCACUUACUGCACCCCCACGACACUUUCUGCAGGUUCGUCGGCCAAAGGGACGCAGAGGCUUUUGAUGCGUACACAUGGCAGUUCUUUUCUCAAGACUGGUGCUGCACACCCAACCAUGAGACUCGCACCUUCUCCAUCCCCCCUAUAGUAGACAUCUCUUUCACUUCUUGUAACCGGCCCUCUCUGGACCAAACACCUGUGGCUGUGUAA